AUGAGUUAUAUGAACGGGAACUCUAAUGGGAACGGCACUGCAAAUGGCAACGGUUACAAUGGCUUCUAUGGCUAUAGAAACAAAAUGGCGACCCUGGACCAGCUUUUCCAGCCCAUCCAACCCAAGACUGAAGCCACUGGGACAAAGGUCACAGUAGUGGGUUCUGGUCAGGUCGGCAUGGCAGCUGUCUUCGCGAUGCUAACACAGGGCGUCACUAACAAUAUAGCGUUAGUGGAUUGUAUGGCAGACAAAGUUAAAGGUGAAAUGAUGGAUCUCCAACAUGGUUCGUGCUUCAUGAAAGACGCUAAGAUCCAGUCGAGCACAGAUUACGCAAUCUCUGAGGGAUCCAAGAUCUGUGUUGUGACCGCUGGUGUAAGGCAACGCGUUGGGGAGACCAGGCUUGAAUUGGUACAGAGGAACACUGAUGUGUUGAAAGUUAUUAUACCCCAGCUUGUGAAGUACUGCCCGGACGCCAUAUUCAUUAUCGCGAGUAACCCAGUGGACAUUCUGACUUACGUGACCUGGAAAAUCAGUGGACUGCCCAAGAACAGGAUCAUAGGAUCAGGAACCAACCUUGACUCAGCUCGAUUCAAGUACUUGCUAUCUGAGAAGUUGGCUGUAGCCUCUACAUCAUGUCACGGCUACGUCAUUGGUGAACACGGAGACAGCAGUGUACCUGUAUGGUCCGGUGUGAACGUAGCCGGCGUGCGUCUGAGCGAUCUCAACCCUAAAAUAGGUUCGGAUGACGAUCCCGAAAACUGGAAAAAGAUCCACGAAGAUGUGGUCAAAAGCGCCUAUGAAGUCAUCAAACUCAAAGGAUACACCUCCUGGGCUAUUGGACUGUCUUUAUCACAACUCUGUCGCGCUAUACUUUACAAUAUGCAAAGCGUACACCCUGUUACAACUUGCGUUAAGGGUGAGCAUGGCAUAGAAGAUGAAGUGUUCCUAUCCCUACCCUGUGUGCUCGGCAGGAAAGGCAUCUAUGACAUAAUUCGACAGACACUCACGGAAAGCGAACUAACCCAGCUUCGUAAAUCUGCUGAACUCAUGGCAAAAUUGCAAGCCGGUAUCAAAUUUUAG